AUGGAGACCUCGUAUCCCAUUCCCUUCCCAGGCAGUGUGUACGGCCGCCGAGGCCCAGUUCGAGAUUUUAGAUUUAGCGGCCGCGUGGUCCCUUAUCCCUGUCCCUGUCCCUUCCACUCCGAGUCCCUACAACCGUCGACCCAGAGGCACUCCUUCUGGAAUUGUAGCACCGCCCUGCUCGUCGUGGCAAAAGUCCACCCGCCCCACGCCCUUCCCAGACUCUCCGCCCUUGGCAGUGGAACUGCUACGACACUCCCUACUGCUUUCGUUCGGUCCGCCCCAGAUGGACGUCCUCCGAGUCGGCUGCAACCCCCUGUUGCAGCUUCCCUCCGGGCAUUCAAACAGAUUCUGCUACCCGUCUCCAUCGCUUCUGAUCGCCCGGCGUUGCUCGUCUCGGAAUCCUUGAUCGGCACUCUGCACGGCACCAGCCAACGGGGGCAAACCCUCACCUGCACACUGGAACCCCGUCAGGGCCCCUGGGCAUUGCAGAGGGUAGUGGAGCAGAUGCACGCAACGGGCAACGCAGAGCGGUUGCACGUCGAACCAUCGCCAUGGCAUCCACCCCCAGCUGCAUCUCAGGCGUGA